AUAAAGUUUUCCGAAAUAUAACAAGUGUUGAUAGGUGGUCUGAAGAUCUCAUAAAACUGCCGAACAUUGAGAUUUCCGAUGUUUUCAUAAAACUUUUGAACGAUGGCUGGAGUACGUUAUUCUCGGUUGAAAACAUAGACAGAGACAAGACAAUGGAUACAGACUAAAACAACCACGUUGAUAAAGUGAAAGUGUCCCCCCUGUCUGAUGAUUUUCAGUACAUCAAGUGUGACACAGUUCCUGAGACUAGCCAGAUGCAGAUCCGUACAAGACCUGGAUAUUUGUUGAGGGCAAUGAACAGAUUCACUCAGGUGGAUGUAGUAGAUGAUGGGUCGUGUAAGCACUGUACAGCUUCGAUAUUUGCUGUGGCUUCAUUCUGUGAGAGGCACAAAGACUGUCACACUCAAGUCGGAACAGAUAUUCCAUGUGUUUGGGACAAUUUUUUAAGCCUCGUGUCAUCUCAUCUUGUAUUGGCCAAUUACAUAAAACUACAGGACUAUACAGGAGAAGAACCUGAAGUUAGCGCUCACCAUUCAAUAAACAACCCAUGCAAGUCCUUGAACAACAACCCUAUUAAAGAAAUUGAAGAAAAAAAAUUGUUUCAACUCCUGUGUUUUUACACAAAAUGUGGAUUUUUCUGUGAGCAAAUACAUUAUGAUCCUUUGAAAUUUGAGGAAAUAGUACAAAAAUGUGAAUAUCUCUUCGACAAACAUUUGAAAGUUGCAAUUAUGUCUCUCUAAGUAUAGCAGAGCAACAAAUUUGUAAAUGAGAUAAGCAUGUAAUGCAUAAUAAUUUAUGGCAUUCUUGAUUAUAACAGUGAGGAAAAACUUAAAACACUUUUGGUCUAAGGUACAGGAUUCAUUAAUAUUCAUAAUUUAUUGAUGGCAGAAUACCUGAACUGAUAAAUAUAAAUUAGGAACAAACAAUAAAAUAUUUCAAUCAUCA